CUCUUUCAAUUCUGCAAUCCUUGCUGUGUGCGCUCAUCUCGAGUCAUUGCUACGAACCUUCACGUCGAAACUUCACGGGGAAUACUUGCCGUCGUAGCUGCAAGUUCUGCGGAGGACGAGUUGACAACUUGUGCUCAAAACAAACAUCUUUGUUCCAAUUCGGCGUAUGAAAACAUUAUGUACUUCAGAUGCUUGAAAACAUGUGGAGUUUGCUAA